CCAGAAGCAACUAUUAGUUGCGUGAUCUGCACCAAUGACGUCCCGAGAGCUUCCCUUCCAUCAUCCAUCACAGCCGCUUGCAGUCAUCCGUCCCAGAUUUGCCGUCCCUGUAUCGCCUCAUGGAUAUCGUCACGCCUCAAAAGCAGCGGCCAUGACAGCCUGAUCUGCCCUCAGUGCAGCGAACAACUCGACGACAUUGAUGUCAGAGUAUUUGCUACAUCAGAGAUAUACGAGCAAUACGAAAACCUGGUACUCCGCACAUCUCUUUCCGGUAAUCCAGAGUUCCGUUGG